AUGCCGCACGAAGACUAUCCCACCCCGAGGAUCUUUACGAAUCUCUCCACGGUAACGCUGAAGCACAGAAGAAGCUUCCAAACAGUGGUGGAUGCCCUGCGACAUCACGGAACGAGGAACCACUGGGGAUACCCGACCAAAUUACUGGUCCAACGCGACGGAGUCAUAAAACCGAUAUUCACCCCAGAAGAGGGCCUAGCCAAGCUAACAGAAUGGACCAUACCAAUCAAGCCUGAUACUACCGCUCAUCUUCCACAACAGAGACUGACACCAGAAUGGUGCACGACACAUAAAAAACUCUCAUAG